CUAUGUUCUUUAUCUUCUCAUUUCGAUUCAAUCCAGAUAGCAUGUUAACACUCUCGUGCCCUCAUCUUUACUUUCCACUACAGUCUUCUGCUGUGCUACUUUUACAUGCUUGUGAAUAAAUUUUAUUCACAAAUUGUGGAUUCGUGAGACUAUGCAUGGCUUGCCACUAAAUUGGAUCAGUUCUUCCUCUACCUGUAUCUAACUCAUUUACGAGGAUAGAUUUGUGUUAGGAGAUGGAUCCUAGAUGGGGUUGCCUCACCGUUUAUUUUUUUUUAAAAAAAAAAAUUACGAGAAGGAAUAAUGGAUGAGAUAGGAACCUUGCAGUGCUUUCCUGAAAGGUGUUUGAUGUUUGGACCGAGAAUAAGGGUGUUACUGCCAGAGGAAAUUGGCGUUUGGUUUUGUGAACAGUGUGGAAUAGGAAGUGGGUUUUCACUAUAUCUUCGUUUAUGGUGAAGGACAUUGAUUGCAGUGGUUGAGAUUUGUUAAUUUUCUGUCAGGUGAACGAAAUAAGGUGCACCUUAAUCAUGCCAUGGAUGAUUUAGAUUUAAGAAGGUUUUAUUGUAUAUUUUAAGUUUUAGAGAAUUAUCCUCAAAUUAUAUGUAGUUGGUGACCAUUAGGGUAUUGAUGGUCAUGAAAGUUACAACCGGAUUAUUAUAAGGUUUAUUUUCAAGGCUAUAAAUAGUUAUUUAUGUUAUUGAUUUAGUAUGAAGACUUUGGAUAUUAUAAUGAUAGUUGCAUAUUAUGGCCAAGAGCUUGUUCUUUUGCAUUUCUUGUGUUUAGAUUUGCAUGCUAGAGUCAUUCAAGUAGUCUUGAUCAAGCUAUCUUGUGGAGUUAUUUGAAUCACGAGUUUAGAAACGAGUUUUCUUUACUCUUGAUUUUGAUCAUCAAGGUAAUUUGUUCCAAAACUUUUCCUUGGGCUGUUUCCUUUUCAUUUUUUGGGGUUCUUGGAUAAUUUAAAUCUAGAGAUCUCGUUCUUUAACAAGGUUUACAGAUCCAAUUCCAAGUUUUUCGUAAAAAAAAAUGAGAUAGAAUAGAGUUACAUUUGAUUAUGAACUUUUCCAAGAUAACACUUUUUACUUUUUACUCUAAUUCUCCAUGUAGCUGUGGCAAUUGAAAAGUUUUCUGGCUGCUGGAAAACCAUUACCAUCUACAUAGAGCCAGCCACACACUUGACGAGUUUUUUUCUUUUCUUUUCUUCUCUUCUUUUUUUUUUUUUUUUUUUUUGAAGAGAAGGAUGUCUGAAAUCUAAAAGUCCUGGUUUUUAGUAUUUUCUAGUUUACUCUCCCCCCUGACGCCAGACAAUUUUCUUCCACAGAUUAUGGGUUUUACUUAUUCAUUUUAUUCUCAGAAUCAAACAUGUGCAUAUAGUUCGUUAUGAACUCAAGAUGUUGGCANUCUAUUGUGAAUAUUUUUUUUUUUUUUUUUUUUUUUUUUUUUUUUUUUUUUUUACAUUUCACUAGCAAAUUGAUUUUCUGGACUCUGUUUCACAUUGCUAUUUUUUCUAUUCAUAAUUUUCACUUUGUACAAGUUGAGAAAGUAAAGUGUUGUUUACAAUGCCAUGGGACCAUAAGCUGUACUGAAAUGUUUAACUGUUUAAACGUUAUUAAUGGACUGCAGGUGGUAAACAAACUGAAAGUAAUAGCAUCCCCCAUCCGAUGCUCUAGAAUCAGAGUUGGAAGAAGGAUGUGUCAUCUUCUUUAGAUUAAUUUGAUGUACUUUUCUACCUAUUGUAGGCUAAAAGCCCUUCCACCUAUACAAAACUGACAAAUGGCUUUAUCUUCUCAGUUUUUGACCCCUAGGGACUGGCAUGUAACAUCCCGUAGUUCAAACCUCCUUCGUGGUACUCCAUUGUGGUUGCACUCCAAUGUCGGUUGCAAGUACCAAAGAAAAGAAAAUUUCGAGACUAGUUAUACUUUAACACCUCGUGCCUCUGUUAAGAUUGUCCGUAGUUGUCCAUUAGAUCGGCAUGCUGUAAAACAUAACAAAACUCGAUUUGUACAAAAGCUGAUAAUCCUGCUGCUGUCUAAACCAAAGCAUUAUAUACCAAUCCACAUUCUUUCCAAGUGUCGUGGCUAUCUUUCCCUUCCCAAACCCCGCUCUCUUCUUUCAAUGAUUCAUCGUUAUCCUUCCAUCUUUGAACUUUUUUCAAUCCCUUAUCCACCCACACCACUCAAUGCAACUAAGCUAUACCCCCAACUUUGUGUUCGUCUAACCCCAGCAGCAGCAUCUCUUGCUAAGCAGGACUCCAAUCUCAAAUUGGUGAUCUCUAACACCCUGGCUGAAAAGCUCCAGAAGUUACUUAUGCUUUCUUCACACCACAGGAUUCUCUUAUCCAAGCUGGUUCACCUUGCUCCCGACCUAAGCAUGCCCCCAAAUUUUAGGUCCCGUCUCUGUAAUGAUUAUCCAGAAAAGUUCAGGACUGUGGAUACUUCAUAUGGCCGUGCACUGGAGCUUGUCUUCUGGGACCCAGAGUUGGCAAAGACUUUACCUUGCCUUCAAGUUUCUUCACGUGAGCUAAUAGUGGAUAGACCUUUAAAAUUCAACUUGUUGAAACUAAGAAAGGGACUGAACUUGAAAAGAGCCCACCAGGAAUUUCUAAUUAAGUUCAGGGAUUUGCCAGAUGUUUGCCCCUACAAAACUCCUGCGAGUGAGUUGGCUAAGGAGUCUCUCGAGUCAGAGAAACGAGCUUGUGCUGUAGUGCGAGAGGUAUUGGGGAUGAUGAUUGAGAAGAGGACUUUAAUAGAUCACUUGACUCAUUUUAGAAAAGAUUUUGGGCUACCCAAUAAACUUAGAGGAAUGAUUGUGAGGCAUCCAGAGUUAUUUUAUGUGAGUCUGAAGGGUCAGAGAGACUCUGUAUUCCUUGUAGAGGGGUUCAACGAUAAGGGUCAUCUAAUAGAGAAGGAUGAGACUUUGGCUAUCAAAAAUCAAUGGAUGAAGCUUUUGAUGGAAGGGAAAAGGAUGAGACGGGAGAAGAGGAAGGCUCAAAUAUAUGACAGUAGAUAUGGAAAUGAUCAUGAAAAUCAUAGUCAUGACCAUGAGAUGGAAACUGACUAUGAUGAUGAUUACGAAGAUGGUUUUGAGAGUUUAUUUCAGUAUGAGGAUUUAGAUUUUGAGGAUGAGGAGAGUGAUCUGCCAAGCAAUAGGUCAAAUGGAGACUUUUGGACUACAAAUAAUGCAGCAGAUAUUACAAAUGGCGAAAAUGGAGGACAUAUAGAACCGUGGUGAUGGUUAAUAUAACUUGUUUGAUAUAUUUGGAAGAUUCAUCAAAAUAUUUCUACAGUUAACGUAAACAAAGUGCCUCUUCAGUUUGUUUAUUAAAUUCAGAAAAAGCACUUUGUGAACAUAAAGGUCAGGCUUGGAAGCUCAAUGGAUGUUUAAAUGUAGCCUGGUGAUCUUUAGGAAGGGCUGAAGCCACUGCCUCUUGGCUCAUGUAUUUGUGCUUGAGCAAGGUCCCCAUGAAUGUAUCCUCUACUGAUACAACACUAUACCUUCUCCAGCUGUAUAUUGAACCUGCUUGUCAUGUUCUUUUAUCUCCUCAAAAUGUAGAAUGAUUGGAAUACCUUAUGGAGUGUGAACAAAACUUCUCCCUAAUCAAGAGGAAUGUAUGAGAGAUAAGUCCUAACCCCUGUUUAUGUGUACCAUUUGAUACACUAAGACAACAUAUUCCAGUUAAUGAAUAAUGUAAAUAUUCAGAUAUAGUUCGGUACCUCGUCUCUACUCCUUGGUCGCAGGCAGUGAAUGUAUUCAUAUUAAUUUUCUCCUCUUUGGGACGGACGGUGUUAAUAAGAGGGUAUUUUCAUUUUUUGUUUACUAAUUACUCAUUUACUGUUUCUUAUUUUUAGUUUCUAAGAAGCAUGUGUUUAGCAACUCUUGUUGCUUCUCGUUUCUCAUUUUUAAGAAACAAGAAACAAGAAACAAUUAUGAAUCACUUUUUUUUCUUUAGUAUAAAACAGAAAACAUGGAACACGAAACAGGAUCCUCACCAAAUAAGCCCUAAAUUCUUCUGUUAAACAUGUGAAUAAUGUUUAAAAAUUUCCUCCCCAUCAUUUUGAUUAUAUGUAUGUAUCACGUCUUGUGUAUUUGCGGGAGCAUUAUGGAUGGAUCCUUCUAGCUUUGGUUGUAUCCCUAGUAUAUGCUCCUAAAUUGAUGAAUUGGCUUCUGAUGACUGCACAGUAACAGAUAUUCUGUGUGGACAGAUACGGGUCAAACAUUUUUAUCCAUCCUAUGAUGUGUUGCUCGUUUUGCCAUAUAUCCUUAAUUUCAGUUCUCUGCAGGUAUAUUAAUCGUAUGCCUAUUUUACUGCUGUUUUCUGAGGUUUGUCUAGCUUUUUAUACACAGAAUCAUUGUUUAUGAUUUUUAAUAUAUUUUCUAAUCUUGAUUCAGAAAAUAGAUAGGUGAUGCCAGACAUCUCCACUGACGAGACUUUGUUUCUUCUUGAUGUUUGUUGGACUCUAGUUGUUUGAUGAACACACAUACCAAUUAUUACAAAUCAAAAAGUUUGUUAAAAGACACACCCACGCCAUCUUUCAGCAGAAAGCAUACUUGAAAUGUGCGUCAUGCUUUGUGCAAUUGAUAUGCAUGCAUUUGUGCUAAUCAUUUGUGUUGAAUGUUUACUUUAGGUGAGUUCGUGAUAACUAUUAGAUAGAGGGUUAAACAGUGUUUUAGUCAUUCAAAAGUACUCAUCAAAAUUUUAAUGUUGAUUAAUUACUUAGUCAAAAGUGAUUAUGGAGCAUGUACAAAUACUUUAAAGUCGAUGAAAGGAAGCGCUUAAUGAGUGUUCUUUUAAAAAAUACUUGCUCUUAAAAGUUACCUCAAAGUAUGUUCACUGUAAAAACAUUACUUACAUUAGAAAUUUGCAAUCAUGUGCUUUGUGCUCUGUGUAAUUGAUAUACAUGCAUUUGUGUUCAUUAUUUCUGCCGAAUGUUUAUCUUGCAAAGGGUUUAGGAAGAGUUGAUGUUCUUAGAAACUCACAGGAGGCUAAAUUUUAUAAGCUUGUGUGGAGGGCACAUAUUCUGUCACUAGCAAUCUGAUUUGGUCCCUACUAGUGUUCUGAAAAGGCCAACAAAGCAUGUGUCUAGUCACCACGAUGCGUCUUCCUGCAAUGUAGAUGAAAACAAAGGAAUCGAUGAACAUCAAAAACAAAGCAUAAUGAUGAUGGUAUCAGUUUGAGUUUUCAAAUGUUCUUAUCAAUUCUUGCUUUAAACCUUUUCUCCUAGCAUGUAUUAGGCUUGAAAUUCUCAGAAAACAUCUCCUGCAACCUUUUUUAAUGCAUGUAUGUUUAGAGCCUUAGUUGGAGGAAGCAAAGGAAGUUUCCUAAAUCAAAAUGAACUUUUUGUUGGAAAUGAUAACCUUUUGGUGAAUCUUCCAAUAAAAAGUGGGACAUAGCAUAAUCAUAUGCAUCAAAUUUAUAGCAAAUAAAUGUAUAAAAAGCUUAUAUAACUUAUUAGUCAUGCAAUUCAAAGUAUUCAUUGUUUAUUAUCUGUUGGAUUUGUAAGUUGUAAUGAGCCAUCUCUGACAGAUAAAGAUGAAAAAGAAAGGCUUGCAAUUUUUUUUUGAAGUAUUGGGAUACUGUUUCAGGCUUUUCAGGGUCCAUGCUUUGCCUUCUUAAUAGCCAACAGAACCAUCAAAGAAGCAGCUAAGUUAAACCAACCUACCAUUUGCUUUCAUUUUGUUGGCUUUUAAGGCAUUGCAAACUUCAAUGGUCCAGAAAAAAUGCCCAACAGAUAGAUUCUCGUAAGAAUAUUCUUCCUUAUAAUUGCUUCAUUUGUUUAGCAAUAUUUAGAACUUAGAAUCCUUUUCACAUUGUGUUUUCUUCAUUCUUUCUAACACUUUAGACUAACUUCAAUAUAUAAAUCUUUUGAAACUCAACUUAGACUUGACAUAAACUCAUAUAUCAUUUGAUCCAUGAAGUUUAUGCUACAUUUUACUUGAUGCAUCUAACUUUUCUUCAAUACACUUUCUAAUAUGAUCAACUUUCGUGUCAAUAUACUAUUUAGACAGGUAUCUACUCGAACAGGUCAUAUACCAUUUAGACAUGUCAUAUACCAUUUAGACAUGUAUCCACUCGAAUAGGUCAUAUACCAUUUAGACAUGUAUCCGCUCGAACUGAUCAUAUAUCAUUUAGACAUGUAUCCACUCGAACGGGUCAUAUACCAUUUAGACGAGUAUCCACUCGAAGAAGUGAAAUGUUUAAAUUUCUUGUUUUACGUGUCGUGUGUCGUGCGGUGGAAGAAGUAGGUAGUAUAUUGAUUAAUAGUAGAGAAAGAGGGACAAAAAGUGUUGAGAGUUGCAUGAUAAGUGGGAGAAUAUGAUGAGUAGAGAGAGAGAAUGAAUAUAUUGGGAAGAGAAGUAGCUAGAAAUGGCACUGUAUACAAAGAGCAUGCCUUCCCAUUGCAAAAGCUUUAGUUUUC